GAAAAAGAACAGAAGCUAGACGAGAUGCCCUUUCCUCCAAUGCCGCAUUUCACCACUGCAGCACUACUUUUUCCCCCUUCCUCUGCAAGUAAAAUUAAGAAGCUCGGUCUCCUCUCAUUGUUCUGCUCCAGCUUUGAUAAUCUUCCAUGGCUUCCCUUCUACUCGUUUUCUGCUUCAUCGUUUUCUUUCUUCUAGCUUCAAACCAUGUGUCAGCGGAUCGUAUUCUAGACGAUGGCUACAAGGUGACCACCGUGAUCGACGGCCACAAACUGAAAUUAAAUCCACAUAUGGUUCUCCCUCGGCCUGGAUCGUCCGAUCUCAUAGUCCUUGAUUAUUCCGGAAGCGUCUUCUACACCGUAUCUCUACCCAUUUCUCAGAACAGUGAUUUUAAGCAGUUUUCUGGUGAUGGAGUCAUUGGGUUCUCAGAUGGGGCAGCAGGUUCUGCCCGGUUCAAUAAACCAAAGAGCUUUACAGUCGAUCUGAAAGGGAAUAUUUAUGUUGCUGAGAGAAAUAAUGGUGCUAUAAGAAUGAUAAGCGACUCAGGCGUGACCACCAUCGCUGGAGGGUACUCCGAAGGGACUGGUCAUCAGGAUGGUCCUGCGCAAAAUGCAACAUUCUCCAAUGAUUUUGAGGUGUCUUUUGUUCCUGAAAUAUGCGCGUUACUGAUUUCAGAUCAUGGGAAUCAACUGGUUCGCCAGAUUGAUCUUAAGCCAGAGAAUUGUGCUAGAGGUUCUCAGUCUGGACCAUUGCUGGGAGUAUCAACCAAUUGGAGUGGGACUCCCAAAUUUGUCAAAGGGAUAGAAGGACCACGAGAUACAUUUGGAGGUGUUUCCAUUUGGGUUCUUGCUCUUGGACUGGUCUUCUCAUGUGUACUAGGGAUGGUCAUGGGGUUUGUGAUUCAUCCUCAUAUUAGGUCUUAUACAGGAAGGCUCCAGUCCCCUUCAUUGCGGCAAGACAUGGAAGCUUUGCCUAAUCAAUCUGGUGAAACCAAUACUGAUGUUCUACUCCGACAUCAGAAGCGUAGUUGCUAGCUCCAGGCUUUAUGGACUCUUGCGGAGGUUCAUAUGUUUGAACCUAUCUCAUCUGUCACUUCUGUUCAGUAUUAACGCUGUAGGUUCACAUGCUUCUAGUAGGCGUACCACUUAUCAAACUUCAAGCAAGGGAUUUGUAUCUUUACUUGAUUCUGAUGUAAAUAACUUAGAGAAGUCACAGAUACCUCCUGAUGAAUUAGAGGAUUUAGUGAGUUUGAAUGGUCCCUUGAAAUUGUCAAACUCAAGUAAUGAAGUUUCCAAGCAAGGAGACCAGGAUGAUGUUUUGUUGGAUGGCCGUGGAAGGAUAGAUACUAUGAUACAAGCCAACAUCAUGGAAUUUGCUAAAGCGGCCGAAGAAACGUCUCCACUGAAUGGAUCCUUGGUAGUGAGAGAGGGCUUAGUCAAGAGAAAGUGAGUUAGCCAGUGAAAUUUCUCUAUGUUUAAAUUUCUCUCUGGGAGAGUUUUACCUAUGUUAACAUGGUUGUUACACUUCCGCA